GGUCCUGUCCGAGGUGGAUUUCGAGGAGCGCUUCGCCGAGCUCCCCGAGUUCCGGCCCGAGGAGGUUCUCCCCUCCCCCACCCUGCAGGCCUUGGCCACCUCCCCCCGAACCAUCCUGGGCAGUUACCGCAAGAAACGCAAAAACUCCACAGAUCUGGACCCCUCUGGGGACGACCCCUCCUCCCCCAAGCGGAAGCUGCGGCGUCGCUCGAGCUGCGGCUCCGACCCCACCACCCCCAAAAGCGCCAAGUGCGAGGGGGACAUCUUCACCUUCGAGAGACCCGGGGGGGAGGGUGAGGACGUGCUGGGCGAGCUGGAGUACGACAAGGUUCCGUUCUCGUCGCUGCGGCGAACGCUGGAUCAGCGCCGGGCUCUGGUCAUGCAGCUGUUCCAGGAGCACGGCUUCUUCCCCUCGGCCCAGGCCACGGCCGCGUUCCAGUCGCGUUUCUCGGACAUUUUCCCCACCAAGCUCUGUCUGCAGCUCAAGAUCCGCGAGGUUCGCCAGAAGAUCAUGCAGGCGGCCACGCCCACCGACCCCGCCCCGCCCCCCGACCCCGACGCCGGACCGAACCAUUCCUACAGCGGGGGGGGGAGGAGCCGGCGCCAACCAAUGAGAACGCGCGGAGGGGGCGGCCCCGCGCUCGCCCCGCCCUCCUCAUCGCUCAUUGGCCGGCGCGAAAUCUCGCCGGCGCGGAUUGGCUGGGAGGAGCCUCGCGAGAGUUGA